CGAUGUUGCGAUUGUCACGGAUCUUCUCGCCUCAAUGCUGCCGCCUCAGCUUGACUGUCCUGUCCUACUGCUCCCUACUCCCAGUCCCCUCCCUUUCCUUUCCCUUUGUUCACCGCCCAUUCAAACCCUCUCCCUCCCUCUCCCCUUCAUCCACGUUGCAUCUUGUCUUCUUCGCAAGAUCUUUCUUUAUCCCUUUGGUCCAACUCCUCCUCUGUCGAGAACACUGACGAUCUAGCAUCGAGAGUCGAGAGUCGACUGCGUUUACUUCCCCUGCGGACGAUUAGCCACUAUGGCACCCGAUCUCAACUCUGUCCCUCUGUCGCCACGACAAGAGCAGGUUGAGAGCUUCACCAUGGAUCCCCCCGACCGAUCUGUCCCUGUGACAAAGAAGCCCAAUAUCCUCUACAUCAUGGCCGACCAGCUCGCAGCUCCCCUCCUCAAGAUGCACAACCCGGACUCCCAAAUCAAGACACCCCACCUCGACGCCCUGGCUGCAGGUGCUGUUGUCUUUGACAAAGGAUACUGCCCCUCGCCCCUUUGUGCUCCCUCCCGCAUGUCCAUGAUCUCGGGCCAGCUUCCAACAAAGAUCGGGUCCUACGACAAUGCCUGCACAAUCGAUAGCAGUGUGCCGACCUAUGCCCACUAUCUGCGAGCAGCUGGCUACGAGACUACUCUGGCUGGCAAGAUGCACUUUGUUGGUGACCAAUUGCACGGUUAUGAGAGCAGAUUGACGAGCGAUAUAUAUCCUGCAGACUAUGGUUGGGCCGUCAACUGGGAGGAGCCGGACAGGCGAUUGGAGUGGUAUCACAAUGCGAGCUCGAUUGAGCAGGCUGGCCCUUGUGUCCGUAGCAACCAGCUGGACUAUGACGAGGAGGUCAUGUAUAGAUCGAAGCAAUUCCUCUAUGACCACGUCCGUAAAGGCCCCAAUGCCCGUCCCUUCUGCAUGACCGUCUCCCUCACACACCCGCACGACCCCUACACAAUCGAGAAGAAGUACUGGGACAUGUACGAGGAUGUUGACAUUACACUCCCGGAAGUCACUAUUCCUCAAGACGAACAAGAUGCCCACUCCCAACGCUUGUUGAAGGUCUGCGAUCUGUGGGGAAAGGAGUUCACACCCGAGCAAAUCAAGCGAGCACGGCGAGCUUACUACGGAGCUGUCUCCUACGUAGAUGACUGUAUCGGCAAGCUGCUCGAGACUUUGAAGGAGUGUCACUUGGACCAGGACACUAUCAUCGUCUUCUCAGGUGACCAUGGAGAUAUGCUAGGCGAACGAGGACUGUGGUACAAGAUGUCCUACUUCGAAGCCUCGGUCCGCGUCCCGCUGCUCAUCCACGCCCCAUCACUCUUCACACCUCAUCGCGUCUCACAAAACGUGUCUACCCUCGACAUCCUGCCAACCCUCGUCGAUCUCGCCGGCACAAAACUCUGGCCCAAGCUCCCCAUGGACGGUAACUCCUUGCUCCCGCAUCUGGAGAAUCGUCCUGGUGGCUCAGACACUGUUUUUGCCGAGUACUGCGGUGAAGGCACGAUUGCACCGAUGAUGAUGAUCCGUCGCGCUGAGUGGAAAUAUGUCACCUGCCCAGCGGACCCUGAUCAACUGUUCAACCUGAAAUCCGACCCCUUCGAGAAGAUCAACCUCGCUAGUCUCUCAUCCAAGCACCCUCUCAACACGGAGCAUGUUUCUUUCGUCCUCGCUGCGUUCCAAGACGAGGCGAAGCGGAAGUGGGACAUGAAGGCAAUCACCGAGCAGGCUCUGCAGAGUCAGCGUCAACGACGUCUGGUCUGGGGUGCGUUGCGGAGCGGCAAGUUUACGAGCUGGGAUUACAAUCCGGUGGAUGAUGGGCGCGAGAAGUAUAUCCGGUCUCACAUUCCGCUUGAUGAUCUUGAGCUGAAGGCGCGCUUUCCUCCCGUCGAUGCGAAGGGUCGCGAUCUGUACUCGGGACUCAGUGGUACUGGUGCUGGCGGAAUGGGCACGAUUACGGUUGAUCAGGCGGGUGCGCAUGGUCAAUGAUCUGCUCACUCUCCGCUCAUCUAUCUUGCCUCGAUUCCUCUCGCGAAUCUUGGCCGGAUGAAUGAGGGUUGAGUUGAUGAGUUGCGAUUGUACGGCCAUCACCUUAUACACUUCUUCCUUUUCUGUCUUCACUUGACAUCGAUGGUCAGAUUCUGCACUUAGCGAGCGAGCGUGCUUUUCUUGCUUUUACAAAAUGCUUGCACUACAAAGACUGCGUUGUACCAGUAGACACGUUGUUUUUCUGCUGGGUUUCGAGAAGACUGAUGAUCACGAAUGCAUGCAAUGAUGGGUGGCUAAGACUUUGCUUUGCGAUAGAUGAUGAAUAAAUUUGAGCAUUAGAAAAUCUCCGAGUCUGUGAAUGUGACUGAGAUGGUUUGAAUUGGG